AUGAAAAGAGCAGCAAAAGUAGUAAGUAGUAGUGGUGCGAUAUCCUGGAUGAGAAUGAAAGACAUCCACAUUCUGACGUCCUCGUUAGUGACGUACACAGGGGACGGAAGAUUUUCAGUAAAGCACCCAGAGGGAAGCGACGAGUGGCGACUAAUAAUCGACUAUGUCCAGCCUAGGGACGCUGGGCUCUACGAGUGCCAAGUCAACACUGAGCCCAAACUUAAGAUGGCCUUUGCGUUGAGGGUCGAAGCGGCCCAGGCGACUAUACUUGGGGCCGAAGACGUCUACGUAAAAAAAGGCAGCACAAUUAGUCUUACGUGCAAAGUUAACGUCCAAAGUACCCCGCCAAGCAGCGUUACGUGGCAUCAUGGUAGCGCUGUCGUUGAUUUUGACAGUCCAAGGGGCGGCGUCUCCCUGGAAACGGAGAAGACGGAGAGCGGCACGACGAGCAAACUGCUGGUGACGCAGGCGAGAUCAAGCGACAGCGGAAAUUACACCUGCAUCCCCAGCAACGCAAACCCUGCGAGCGUAAUGGUCCACGUUCUAAACGGUGAACACCCAGCAGCAAUGCAACACGGCGGAAGUUGUCGAUUAACCCCAACUAUUUUAAUGGCCUUGCUCACAAUUUUUACGGCGAACUUACUCAGAUGA